CGGUGCCCGAGAGCCCCGGGACGGCGCCCGGCUCGGAGAGCGGUCCCGCGGGAGCCGGCUCCGGGAGCAGCGGCGCUCCCAGCCCGCCGGGGGAGGAGUCCCGCAGCCUGGACUCGCUGGAGUCCUUCUCCAACCUGCACUCCUGCUGCCCGAGCAGCUCCGAGCUCAACAGCGACGCCGACGAGGCGGUGGUGGCCGGGGCCUCCUCGGGGGGCCCGGCGGCGGAGCCCGAAGGGGACAGGCCGGCGGCGGGCUCGCAGCUCCUGUCCGCCUCCAAGGAGCGCUUCCCGGGGCAGUCGGUCUAUCACAUCAAGUGGGUGCGCUGGAAGGAGGAGAACACGCCCGUCAUCACCCAGAAUGAGAACGGCCCCUGCCCGUUGCUGGCCAUCAUGAACGUGCUGCUCCUGGCCUGGAAGAUUAAGCUGCCACCAAUGAUGGAAAUCAUAACGGCUGAACAGCUGAUGGAAUACUUAGGAGACUAUAUUCUUGACGCAAAACCUAAAGAGAUAUCUGAAAUUCAGAGACUUAACUAUGAGCAGAACAUGAGUGAUGCCAUGGCCAUUCUCCAUAAGCUGCAGACGGGUCUGGAUGUCAAUGUGAAGUUUACAGGUGUUCGAGUGUUCGAAUACACACCUGAAUGCAUCGUCUUUGAUCUUCUUGACAUCCCCUUGUACCACGGCUGGUUAGUGGAUCCUCAGGUUGCUGACAUAGUAAAAGCAGUUGGUAACUGCAGUUACAAUCAGCUGGUGGAGAAGAUAAUUUCUUGUAAACAGUCAGACAACAGUGAACUGGUUAGUGAAGGGUUUGUUGCUGAGCAGUUUCUAAAUAACACAGCUACACAAUUGACAUACCAUGGACUGUGUGAGUUGACUUCAGCUGUCCAGGAGGGAGAGCUUUGUGUGUUCUUCAGGAACAACCAUUUUAGCACCAUGACCAAAUACAAGGGUCAGCUUUACCUGCUGGUGACAGACCAGGGCUUUCUUACAGAGGAGAAGGUUGUCUGGGAAAGCUUACACAACGUGGAUGGGGACGGCAAUUUCUGUGACUCUGAAUUCCACCUACGGCCUCCAUCAGACCCUGAGACAGUCUACAGAGGGCAGCAGGAUCAAAUAGAUCAGGAUUAUCUGAUGGCAUUGUCUCUACAACAAGAGCAGCAAAGCCAAGAGAUUAACUGGGAACAGAUCCCAGAAGGAAUCAGUGACCUAGAACUAGCCAAGAAGCUCCAGGAAGAGGAGGACAGGAGAGCUUCUCAGUACUAUCAGGAGCAAGAACAAGCAGCUGCUCAGGUCCAGCAGCAGGUGCCAGGUGCUGCUUCUCCAGCCAGCGCGAGACAAUCCGGGAGCAACGAGCGCAAACGGAAAGAGCCUCGGGAGAAGGAGAAGGAGAAAGAGAAGAACAGCUGUGUUCUCUUGUAACAGAACAGGGGUCACUCUGGAGCCCAGUGCAUGUCCUCGGAAGCAAAACCAAGGAGUACAAAGGAAGACAAACCUGUUACACGCCGCCUGUGCCUGAUUACCCCAUGGAUUUUGUUCCUGUUCCAAGAGGAUGGGUGACUUUGUUACAAUCACAGACUUCCUUCAAAGUCGGAGUGCGAGCUGCCCACCAGGGAAUCCCAAAUCACAGUUGGACGCGGCUGUGCUUUGAGUCAGUCAGAAAAAUACUGCACCUUGUAGCUGAACACACCAAUCAUGGCGAGUCCCGUGUCCCAGUGACAUCCAUUCCCUGUCCAUCAGUCAGUAAGCUAUCUUCUCUUCUGCUCUAAACAAGGGAGGGCAUUCAUUUGGGGCAAGGCUUUUCCCUGAAGUCUGUACACGAGCACAACAGAGUUCUGUGUUCCUUCCCUGCUCUGAAGCUAUAUCUUAGGCUGGGUAUAGUCUUCAUGACACAGGAGCCCAAGUGACAGCUGGGCACUGCCUCCUCAGUGUGUCCAGAUUUCUUUGCUUCUGGAUCUGGUCUUGAAGCUUUGGAAAAAAAGUAAAGAAUUGCUGAAAUCUAGGGCAUUGUUCUGCACAAGUUGAACAUUCUAGUAGCAAAACUUACAAGCAGAUGAGCUUCCUAAUAUCCAAAAUGAAAGACAGCUGGAAGCUUAAUUUAUGCCCUGCUGAGACUAACCAUUCCAAAAGCAAAUGUCAUACAGUAGCUGAGGAUCAACAAAACCGAACAGAAUUGCUUUUACUUGUAUAACAGUGAGCUUGGAAAACAAUAUUGCACAAUAUAGUCAUGGAGUACCAGAAAAACAGUAUCUACUUCUGACUGUUUACUUAAUUUGCCUUUUUUUCAAGCUCAUGUUCUGGCAAAAGGGUACAGAUUUAGACCUUAAAUCUGUUUAUACACUUUAGCAUGCACAUGCUCCAAAUACCUACAUAAUAUAUAUGGAAGUGUCCAGAAAAGUAGAGUAGAACUUGUUUUCCACUAGGUAGCAGUUAGCACAGAAAACAGAAUCACAGAAUUUUUGUUUGUUGCAUUAUAGUUGUGACAUAUUAAAAAAAGCUACAUACAAGUAUUGUUAAAAUUAGCAAAAACCUGAGCACUGCCGCAGCGAUAAAUGUUUUUUCUAAGGCACUUUGUAAAUGCUCCAACACAACCACUCUUCUUGUGACACUCAUGGAAUUGGCCACCCAACAAAGCAGGUCCAAGGGAAGGUUGUAACACCAGAGGAUGAAAUCAGCAUUCCUGAAAAUUCACUGAAACACAAUGCAAAAGCUGUGUUUUGUAGCUGUCCAUGAAUACAACAAGUGAUGUGCUCAGUGUCCUUGCAGAGCUGCCCGAGGGUCCCAGGCUCUGUGUGAGCAGGGGUUGCCAGCCAGUCUCUUACUCAGCUGGUAUUUCACAGUAUUGUCAUGUUCCUUCAAACUUGGAUACACAAGCUCUUGAAAAAAUUUUUCCAGUGUGUAAUAAAAGGCAGUUUGAGUUCUUGAAAUGGCAUUUUUUGUGCACUCAGCAGGAAAUACUCGAGUAAAAGGUGGAGCUGACGUACUUUUAACUGACCCUUUCUUCUUUCCUGCUAUGCUGGUUCUGUAACCCAAAGUUAGCUCAGUGCUUUGAUCAGCUCUUGGCAUUAGGAUGCUUAUUAGAGAAUCUAUAUGAACAACAUCCCUAAAUACAACAUACUGAAUUAAGAGCUUCUUUAUUUUAUAUGAAAGUAGACUUUUUAAAAGUUGUAACCUUAAACAGCAGGUGCCUCAGGAAAUGCAUGUCAAUAGGUGCAGUAUCCUCCUUAGAAGGCAUAUUAGAGAAGAGCAAAAUGAACAAGCUGUAGUUUGGCUGCAGUGUAGUGCUCACAUUCCUUCCAUGUGUUCUGUGACAAACAAGACCUCGGUCACAAGAAAAAUCCAGCACUGAAAAGUGUUCCUUAGUCCAGUGAUAGCAAAUGUCAGGUGCAAGGGCUGACAAUGGCAGGUCCUGUUGUGAUGAGUUCAGGUCCUUCUGGUAUUAAACAUGACUGCACUAGACUGUUAGUGCUGAGUGGGAACAGGGAGUGAGUGACACUUUCUCACACAAAAUCAUGUACACAGAGCUCUGUCUGGUGCUCACUCCAGUGUUUCCAUGUAGCUCCUUGUUCACAGCUUGUUCUUAUCAUUGUCCAGUAGAAAAGCAAUGGAUUUAAUCUCAGCUGUCACCUGCUUUGAUGGGCAAGUGCCACAGGGAAAUGCUGAGGAAAGAGAGGCUGGAACAUAAAAAUCUCUAUGCUACCUCUUGAGAUUGUUGAGGGAUUUGUCCUUAAUUGUGCUGUUAUUUUGGACACAAAUAGCUGUGGCACAGCUUGCAGGGGCCAGAUUUUCUCACCUAGGUAAUGCCCAGCACGCUCAUUUCCGAGGGGCUGGCACUGUGUGCACUGCUCUUCACUCUGUCACACUUCAAAGUCAAGAUGAGCUGUUCUGACCCUCGGAUAACUCAAAAUAUUUGUAUUAAAUGUCAGUUGCCUACUGUUCAGUGUUGGUGAGUGUCAGCUCCUCUCACUCUGAGCUCUCUUUACUUGGCUCUAGAGAACAUGCCUUCAUCAUUCCUUCUCUGGUUUGUAGGAUUACUUGUGUUCAUGGAGAAGCUUCAUGUGCUGAAAGGGGCAAUUCCUUGUUUUUCAGGGUUAAAACCUUUAAUUCAGUAGUUAAUUAUCAUUAGAAACUCAAGAUCCCAUGCUUGCCUCUUUGCACAGCAUACAAAAAUUUCCAACAAACGAGUGCUAGGUUUGGGAAAUCUGUAGGGAAUUAUUCACACGAAGUUCCAGCACUCAAAGUAACUGAAAAGUUUGCCAGCUUAGUAGGAACACCACACUUAGAAAUAAUGCAUUGCAACAAUAUGCUAAAAACAAAGGCAGCUCCUGCUCUCAGUGGGGUCUGUGGAUGAAACACGAGCUCAGGCACCGCACAUGCUCCCCUCAGCCCAGCUGUGCAUCCAGGGGAGCAGGGGCUGCUGCUGUGGCUGCAGCUCUUUGGGGCCAAAAGUGAAGGCAAUGGGAUUGUUUGAAAUAGUCAAACACGAAGCCAAAUGUACAGAGAUCUUGGGGGUGGACAGGGACACAAACUCAGCCAAGUUUUAUUAUUUUUUUUAAUUGCUCCCUUGAACUGUCCUUUAGUGCUGACCCAAGUUCAGUUUAGGUCCCAUCCAGCAUAAGUGAAACAAAUAUGGGGAGUGAUCCACCAGUGUCUGACGAGCCCAAGCUUUAGCUCAGAUAAACUGAGGUUCUCCAUCACAGAGCUGGAUGGAAUAAUGUGAUGCUUCGUUUCUCUCGAAGUUCAUGCUCUCUUUUCUUGUUGAAGCCAUUAGUAAAACUUGCACAGGCUUUCUGAGUUAAAACUGCAGCUGUAGCUUUUCAAAGUUAAUAUUAUGCCAAGCAGUUUGGAAAAUUUCACCUCACUUAGUUUAGCAUUUUUUGAUUUCUCCUAAAUGUGUUUCUAAAAGAGCUGGGACAAAUGGGAUUUUUUUUGACACAAACAUUAUGUUAGUUUGUGUUCUGGCUCACUGGAAAUGCCAAGGAAAGGGUCAAAACUGCAAUUAUAAGGAACACCAGUGUGUCAGUAAACUAAACUCAUCUGAGUAAUGGGCACACCCUUGGGUUUGGUCAUCUCUUGUUUUGGGGAACUCCAAAAUAACAACAUAGAACAAAAAGAAGCCAAUUUUCUCUCUAGUAUUUUGGUGUCAGGGCAUCAAUGGGUCUCCUAAUUUUAGGGGGUUUGUUAUUGCAGAUUAACCAGAGCCAGAAGGAGCUGGUUUAUAUUAAUUACUGUUUUGUUUACAAUUUUUAGUGAAGUCCUUCACACUGAAAGUUUGAAAACUCUGUGAGUAAGUAACAGUAUGGGGGGUUUUGGCCAAUUGCAGCCCUGGUAGACAUUCAAAUUGGGUUGUAUUUACUGUAGGAAAAGAUAUUGCUGUGGAAAUAAAAUCCUUCUUUUAUUAGGAAAAGCAUAGUAGGUGGUGCCUUCAAGACACUGGAGAUGGAUACAGUGAACCAAUGAACCUGCUUGUGGAUUUUUAAACUACUUAGAAUUUGGCUUUUGCAUUUUUUUUUAUCAUGAACAGUUGCAAUAAUCACACGUUUGCAUUCCGUACACUCAGGUUACAGCAGUGUGUUUGUAUUUCUGGAUUUCUUACAUGCCUUCUCUUAGGGGCUGGCAAGCAAAAAUAACUUUAAAGAACCCGUUAAAAAAGUGACCACAGGUACAAUGAUUUCCAAUCUGUUGUAGCAAGGCUUUCUUUACCUGUAUGUUAACUCUUGAAAUCUCCAAGGCUGUCACAUUAUGUUAAGAAGUGCAACUGGUCAGGGAAUUACAGAACAGACAUUCAUGAAAUGAGCAGGAUUCUGGUUUGGAGACAGUUUGUACUUGCCAAAAAAAAAGAAAAAAAGCCCAGUUAAUACAGUUGCUGUCAGCUUGUAUGGACAGAUUGUGUCACUCUGAAUGUCUUCUCCCUGUUUCUGCAAUGUAUGAUCAGUGUGUGCAGGUCGAGCCUCACGAACCUGACAAGUGGUACUUCCAACUAUAGGAAGUAUCAAAUCCUUGUCCUAUCCCACAGGAUUAUAUUCUAAAUCUGUUACUACUUGCUCAGUAUUAGUUCUUACACACAACAUCACAGAAUGUUAAUACCUUACAGUAAUUUAUCAGGGAGUGAGAAAUACUGGCAGCAGUUUCCCCACAGUAACCCAACACAGCUUUAAUGUUAAAUGACAGUUUGGGUGUACCUUUCAUAUUAAAGCUUUCAGCAAAAGAAGUUCUUAUCAAAGUUUUCCUAAAUAAUUUUUGAUUAUCCUUCUAUCUGCUCAACAGAUGCAUAGCUAUUAUUUGUACAACUUCUGAUUAUCACUUUUUACACAUACAUGUAAACUUCCUAAAGAAGCCACUGAUGGAACACACAAAAAUGAAUCUUCCAGAAGCUGCCCCAAGUUCUGCAGUGUUAAGUAUUUGUUGUCUUAACUGCCUUCACUGGGUCUUUUUACAAUGAAAUGUUUAAAAACAACCCCACACACGCAAAACCCCAAUGUAUUUUAGGAACGUUCCAAAGACUUCCAGACUGGUAAUGUCUUCAAGAUGCCACCAGAAUUGUGCAAUUCCUGUGUUAAAUUUAGUUGUGAGCCUGUUAGUCACCCAAUGUUUACCUGGUCUCUAAAUCUAGUUUGAAAAGGAAAUGCAAAAUAAAGCUAAUGCAAGUCACUGUGGAUUUACCAAGGGAGAAGUUACAUUUUUAAAGGUGGUAUUUUAGGGGUACAUGACAUGUUUAAAUCUGGUCAUGCAGCAUCGUUUGUACCAAUGUAUGUGAUUAAAAUCCUUUUCAUCAUGUUACACAUUAUCCAGCACUGUAAUGGCAUCAAGUUCAACUACUGAAUGUUUUGCAUUUUAAAAGCCUUAAUUGUUUAUAUUGUAUUAAUGUGUUUUUAAAAACUAUAAGGAAACAACAUUUUCCUUGUAAAUUGUUAAAAUAAUUUUGAACACAAUUUUCAGAGAAAUCCAGUUCUGUAUCUUAAUACCCCUUUUUGUUUGUGUACCACAAAGCUGUUAAAUUCUGUUACCUUUUAGAAAUGUCUCUCGUUAUCAGCCUCUCUAGAGUUCAAGGUCUUUACCCAACUGAGAUUUAUUUUGGUUAACAGUCUUCUGAAACUCAUUGUAUGUAAAUAAAGUGAGCAAACUUAAAUAAAUA